GAAAGCCAGAUAAAAAUGAAAGGUAAUGCAGUCAAAGAAAGAAGUUCAAAGAACUCUAGAACGAUGGGUUCAUCUGAGGAUGGUGGAAGUUUCACCAACAUCUCUGUCGAGGAGCUCUAUAGCGUCUCACAUUCUAGUCCCGGUGGACAGUAUGUAGGUCCAACAGAAGAAAUAUCCACGGCGGCUGAAGCACUUAUUGGGAGGUCGGCGAAGUUAACGGAGGCUCUAAAAGCAGCGGCCAUGAAUGUUGGCCACAAACCAGUGGAAACCACCGACGUAGCUGCCAUAAAAGAGGUGGAAUCUAGAGCUGUCGGAGACAACAUAGAACGUGAUCGCGGUGGUGUAACAGCCGUGGCAAGUGAAGCGGUUGCUCGUAACGAAAAGAUAGGUAAGAAGGACGAGAAGACAAAUCUCAGCGACGUUAUCGCGGAGAUUGAUGUGCAGGUAACGAGGGACAAAUCAGUGACAAGUGAAGACGCAGAAGCAGUAGUUCAAGCUGAGCUUAAUCAUUCUCCUUCUAACCAUAUUAUUCCUGGAGGCGUUGCUGAAUCGGUCGCUGCAGCUUAUAAACUCAAUCGCAAUCCAUCUUUUUGAUACUACUAUUUCCAAUAUAUAUAUCAUAUCAUAUAAAAUGGUCUUGGUUUUUGUUGCAUAAAUAAAUUACUAAAGAAUAAGCUUAAACCAUGUUCCAUAUUUAUGUUUUUUUUUUUUUUUAUAUA